GUGAGUUGACGCCGGUGAGAGGAGCAGGAGCAGGAGGAGCACGCAGCAGGAGUCCUGAGAAUCUGCAGGUUUAAAACCAGUUUGAACCUUCGUGGUACCAGAAUGGAGGUAUCAAGGAGAAGAGUUUUCCAAAAACAUCUGGAACCUGCGAGACCCCUGCGUCGCUGCUACUCCAUUGACAUUGAGCCCAACACAAAUGGUGCUACAUGUGCUCAGGCGCUGAUGGAGGAAGUGGAUCCACCGACAAACAUAGGCAUAGAGCAGUUCCUCAAGAUAGUCAACCUCCAAAAACAGAAAGAAGGCAGAAUAUCUUACACAAGAGACUUUUUAAUUGCUUUGGCAAGUUGUCCUCAUUCCAGGAAGAAACCAAAAUUCCUGCCAGAGCACCCCAUAGUCUUAACUGAGGCAAGAGAGCCUGGGAACCUGAGUCUUCAUGAAAUGAGAUUGACCCGCGGGAAAGAGGAAAUGGCAGCAGAAAGGCUUCUCUCCCCUUAAAAAAUUUACACAGGUGUUCCCCCAAAGAGUGUUUCUGUAUUUUUUCUCUCAUUGCUUUUCUUGUUGAACGUUAUUUAACUCUUUAUUUAACUUGUGACAUUUUGCAUUGCAUGUUUAUUAUUUAACGUCUUGAGGUGAAGUUUCACAAAGUGUUAAUACUAACCACCACUUUAUUUGCCUAAGUAUGAAGAUUGCAUUUUUGCUUACAUUUUCUGCUGUGUAUGAUUUUGACGAAGUAUUAAUAUUGUGUAAAGUUGUUCUAAAUAUAUUAAUGGAUGCUUUUCAAGAAACGAUGGGACGAGUCUGUCACUACAGUAGAGUCAUAAAACUAAAAGUGAAGUGAUUAAAGUGAUGUUUUUCAUCAGCAUUUGGAUUUAACAUGUCUGAAUUAACAUGUCAAUUACUUCUCUCAUAAAAGAUGGUUUGA